GCCCAUCUACCAUUUGGUCUUUUAUGAAUUCAAAUCUACCAUAUUUCUCUGUUCUCUCUUUCUAUCUGGCUAAUCAUUAAGGCCUUGGUAUAUGAGACUUGGAGGCUGACCUCGUCAAAGUGCCAGGAUAUUAGUUUGAAACUUUGCAUUUAGCUUAUGAAAUAAUCCAUUAGUAAAGGUUCAGCAUUUAUGGGAUCAAACUUUUAAGAGAAUUCUCUCAGAAGGUGGUCGAGGGAUUGGAAGUUUUGCGAGUUAGCAAGUUUCACGCAUGUGUUAUAAUUAAUCACAUAAAUAAGAAUAUCGGUAACUUAAUUAGGCAUAUUGUCCAAUUGGACUUAGUUACACUAAGGAAGAGAGAGGAAAUGUGGUGCAAAUUGGGAAAUUAUGGAGAAUGAGGAGUGCUGCUGCUAACGGUAGAUUUAGGAGUUGAGGAGUUCUAAUUGCUAUAUUUGAAUGUCUUGGAGCACCACACAAUUUCACUCAUAAUAAGGUAAUCACUUGAGCUUCUUCCUUGCAGGCUUUGCUUUGCUUGAAAAUAAAUUGCUUGAUUAUCUUUUUGAGGUGAACAUAAAACCCGCCUAAAUUUGAAAAAAAAAAAAAAACUUUUAUGCUUGUAACCUGCAAUUGUGUGAUGUCUUAAACAAAAUAAACACAAUCAUACAAAAAAUGCCUGCACUCUUCUCAAUAAGGCAUGGGAUCCUCCACCGGCAAGGCAACUCGGCAGUAGCAAUCCUAUCCACAGAGGUGGCAGCUUCCUAGCACACAUAGCUUGGCAGUAUGACUGUAACAUCAGUCACAAUCCGUGACUCAGCGACUGCUUUCUUCCUUUGUGGAGUUAUAUUGGGGGUUCAGGAUAUGUUUAAGAAAAACACUUUUUUGAGGCAUCGACCCCCAUAUUCAACAUUUUCUUUGGCGCAGGAUUAUCUUGGCAUGUCCCCCAUUCUUCCUGGCUAACGGAUGGGCUCUUCAGAAAUCUGAUCCCUGCCUGUGACAAGCUUCUUCUUCUUGUUUUCAAGAAGAGUCACUCUGAUCCUCAAUGGACUACCUUCCCACGUUUCCCUCAGUCACAAUUGCCUAUCAUCCCUCAUGAAUUUUGCCCAGCCUUCAAUUUCAGACAUGUUUCUACCUAGAAACAUUGCCAACCUCACAGCAGAGGCAGCAGAAUAGAUGGAGAAGGCACUCUUUUCAUUGACCUACUAUGAGACAUCCACUUUUGGAAUGUUGUUCCUUGACACCACUUAGUUCAUCACACAAGGAUUUGCUUUUAUUUAUAUGGAGGACGAGAGAGAUGCUGAUGAUGCUAUUCGGAGACUUGACCGAACAGAAUUUGGUCGAAAGGGACGCAGGCUUCGUGUUGAAUGGACAAAACAUGAACGUGGCAUUAGAAGGCCUGGAGGUUCCAAAAGAUCUUCAGCUAGUACGAAACCUUCAAAGACUUUGUUUGUUAUUAAUUUUGAUACACACUAUACAAGGACUAGGGACUUGGAGAAGCACUUUGAACCAUAUGGAAAGUUAGUGAGUGUGAGGAUUAGAAGGAACUUUGCAUUUGUGCAGUAUGAAUCACAGGAUGAUGCCACAAAAGCAUUGGAUGCGACAAACAUGAGCAAAUUGCUGGAUCGAGUUAUAUCAGUGGAAUAUGCAGUCCGGGAUGAUGAUGAUGAACGGAGAAAUGGGCAUAGCCCUGAUAGAUUUCAUGAUAGGUCAUUGGAUAGAGGUCGUGAUAGAAGGCGAUCCCCUAGCCCAUAUCGAAGAGAGAGGGGUAGCCCUGAUUAUGGACGUGGCUCUAGUCCCUCUAGGAAAGAGAGAGGCAGCCCUGAUUAUGGGCGUGAUCGCAGUCCAAGUCCCUAUCGAAGAGAGAGGGGUAGUCCUGAGUAUGGUCGUGCACGCAGUCGUAGUCCUCAAAGAGAGAGGGUUGGCCGUGAUCAUCGCCACAGUUCCAGCCAUAGUCCCUACCAAACAGAAAGGGUGAGUGCUGAUGUUGGUCAUGGCGCCGGUCACAGUCCUUAUGCAAGAGAGAGGGCAAGUGCUGACCAUGGUCGAGGCCCUAGUCGCAGCCCUUAUGGAAGAGCGGGGGCAAGCCCUGACAAUGGUCGUGACCCCAGCCGCAGUCCUUAUGGGAGAGAGAGGGCUAGUCCUGAAAAUGGUCAUGGCCCCAGCCGUAGUCCGUAUGGAAGAGAGAAGGCUAACCCUGACAGUAUUCAUGAAGUCAGCCCAAUACCUGAACCUAGAGAGGACAGCCCCAAUUAUGGUGGUGGUCCAGAUACCCCUGUGCAUGAGAGAUAUCAAAGUCGAUCACCACCAACAGAGGAGUGAUCUAGAUCAUAGUAUAGAAGAACUCCAAUUGGUUGCUCUGAUUUGUGGUCGUGGCAUAACUCUUAUAGAGUUUGUUCCAGUUUGCCUCUUUCAGUGACAACAAUCGUGGAGUUAGGGCCUCUUCCAGUAAUAUGCUUAUGAGCUUGUGAUGUAGGACCUAGUCGUGCUUUGAUUUCUGCUCGAAUUUUCAUGGACCGUUUGGACAAGACUACUGUAUACAAACCUCUGAUCCAUGUUGGACUCGGUCUAUUUUCUGUUAUUGUUUAGUACUUCGAAUCAGAAUAAUUGUUUCUGGUAGAAACUGAUGGUUGUGUACCCUUAUUUUGUGAUAAUGAUGACUGUCCACUUUAUACAUUUUGCUGUUAAAUCUUAUAGAAGUCAUGUACUCAUAAAAAAAAAAAAAAAAAUCUUAUAGAAGUCAUGUGGGGUUGGAUGACAUGUUUAAUCGUUCAUGGGACUGUUCUUUUUACUUA